GAACUGCAAGCAGAGGCCUCAAGCGGAUGCUAGGCUGUGAUCGUGAAGGGACAGUAUGGCAGAGGUGAAUAUAUCAAGCUUUGCAAUCUCAGUUCUUGCGAAAGCUGCGUCCUUUGGUACUGACUGGGCUGUUUCCGAGAUCAAGUCAGCUUGGAAUGUCAAGAAAGAAAUAGAGAAGUUGGAGAGAUCACUAAGAUCCAUAUGUGCUGUUCUUAAAGAUGCUGAGUGCAAACAGUCUACUUCCCACGCCCUUCAAGAGUGGUUGGAUAAUCUGAAGGAAGCAGUCUAUGACAUAGACGAUGUUUUGGAUGAUGUGGCCACCGAAGCAUUAGAGCAAAACGUUCAUAAAGGUCUCAUCAAUCAAACACGGCACCUGCUUACUUAUCCAUUCAAAUUGAGUCACCGAAUAAACGAAGUUCGCGAAAAGCUCGAUGAGAUAGCAGCCAACAGAUCGCAGUUUGCAUUAACUGAGCAGCCAAUUGAUACCCUGUCAUCUAGGAGCAGCAACAGGGAAACACACUCUUUCAUAACUGAACCAGAAAUUGUUGGAAGGGAUGAAGCUAAAUAUGAGAUUGUCAAGAGGAUUUUGGUAGCUGCAGAAUUAAAUCAUUUCUCUGUUCUUCCUAUUGUUGGUUUAGGAGGUAUUGGAAAAACUGCAAUAGCGAAACUGGUUUAUUGUGAUGCACAGAUUUCUGAGAAGUUUGAGAAAAGGUUAUGGGCUUGUAUAUCUGAUGUAUUUGAUCUCAAGAAGAUCUUGGAUGACAUAAUGCAAUCAGGUACAGGUGAAAGCAACAAACAAAUGAACCUGGAGAUGCUACAGAGCAAGCUACGCGAGUUUUUACAGGGAAAGAGAUAUCUGCUGGUGUUGGAUGACAUGUGGAAUGAUAAGUAUGAGUGGGAGGAGCUAAGAAGCCUACUAUCUAGUGGAGGAUGUGGAAGUGUGAUAAUAGUCACCACACGCAGUAUAAAUGUUGCAUCGCUUUGGAAGACCCUAGAACCAUAUGAUGUGGAAAAAUUACCUGAGGAUGAGUGCAUGCAAAUAUUCACGCGUUAUGCGUUUAGAGGUGGAGGGGAAAAGGACCCUGAGUUGUUGAAAAUUGGGAAAUCCAUUGUUGAGAAAUGUUGUGGUGUCCCCUUGGCAGCAAAGACAUUGGGUUCCCUGUUGUGUAAUAGUCGUGAUGUUGGAGAAUGGCGGCGUAUCAAGGAAGGUGAACUUUGGAAUGUUGAGAAAAAUGUAUACAGCGGUGUAAUGGCAGCACUAAAACUAAGUUAUGAUGCACUUCCUCCCCACUUGCGGGCAUGCUUUUCUUGCUUAUCCAUUUUCCCAAAAGACUAUGAGAUAUUUACAGAUUCGUUGGUUAUGUUCUGGUUGGCAUUGGGGAUGUUGGUUACAAGCAAGGAACGUGAACAUGUGAUAUCUGCUGGAAGAAAAUACUUUCAUGAUCUUAUAGGAAGAUCGUUGUUCCAAGAUCAGUUUAUUAUUUUUAAUAACACCAUUCGUAGAUGUAAAAUGCAUGAUCUUAUCCAUGAUCUUGCGCUAUUGGUGUCCCAAAAAGAGCAAGCUGUUAUAAGUUGUGAAAAAACUAGUUUAUCUGAAAGGGUUAAGCAUGUGGUGUGGGAUCGCAAGGACUUCUCACUAGAGCUUAGAUUUCCUAAGCAGCUGAAGAAGGUGUGUAAAGUGAGAACAUUUGCUAGCGUAUUAAACUAUGGUACCGUGAGCAAAGCUUUUCUUCAUGACCUCUUCUCAACGUUCACUCUUCUUCGUGUCUUGAUCUUUCCUGGGGCUUACUUUGAAGAGUUGCCAGGUUCAAUUGGAAAUUUGAAGCACUUACGGUACCUAGAUAUUCAAUGGAACCAGAAAAUCAAAUGCUUGCCAAAUCCGUUAUGUAAGUUGGUCAAUCUACAAACGGUUAUUCUCGGUCGGUGCGACCAACUAGAAGGGCUACCAAGAGACGUGCAUCAACUUGUUGGCCUUACCUCCUUGAACCUCACGUCAAAGCAGAAGUAUCUACUAAAAAGUGGGUUUUGUGGUUGGCCUUCCCUAACGUUUCUAUAUUUGAAUGACUGUGUUGAGUUAACAUCACUGACAGAUGCAUUCGGUAGCCUCACUGCCCUGGGAGCUGUACAUCUCCAAUUGUCCGAAGCUGGCUUCUCUCCCCUCUGCCAUGAACCAGCUCUCUGCCCUUGAGGAGUUGGGGAAGCCUUGGGUGGGCUGGAGAGUCUUCGUACGCUCAACCUUGUUGGGCUUCCGAAGUUGGUGGGUUUCCCGGCGAGCUUCCAGUCUGCUGCAUCCUCUCUUCAAUAUGUUGCUAUUGAUGAUUGCAAAGGGCUGAAGAAGCUACCAGGUUUCAUCCAAAGUUUUGCUUGUCUUAAGAGGAUUUUGAUUCGUGACUGCCCUGAGUUGGGCAGGAGAUGCACGGCUGAAUCCGGCGAGGAUUUUCGUCUCAUCUGCCAUGUUCCGGAGAUUUACAUUGAUUAAAAAUUCUGGUGCAUCGUAGGCCCGCCAACAUCAAGCUCAUAGACAACUUGCUGGUUUCAAGAAUUUCCGCUCAGAGAAACUGCAUUCGAAUAUUUGGGAGGGUGACCUCCCUGACUCUACGUAUUGAUGCACAUCGUAUCUGUACCAUUUGUUUGAAACCUAUUAUAGAUACAUGCUUGUUCCUUAGUUAAGAUGGUUCAUUUGCUGCACAUUUGUACUACAUUCAUGUGUAAUAAAUAGUGCACAUCUAUUAUUAUAUAUAAAGGAAUAGGAAAAGGA